AUGAAAUAUGUUAUUGUCAAGGUCCAGGAUGUCCGUAGAUCACAGAACAUUAUGCUUAAGCAAAAAUUGCGAAAUAAAUGGCUUUUGGAGGGUUCCAACAAUUCUUCUUUUUUCCAUAAUAGCAUCAAAAUUAGAAGAGCUAAAUUCAAUAGGGUGGAUGAAUCAAUUGAUGCGCAGCUUUUUGAAUAUGAACAUGACUCUAUUACGGUAGAGGAAAGUCAUAUGUUAGAUGCAGUUCCAACUAAGGAGGAAAUUAAAAAAGUUGUUUUUGGUUUGGGUGUGGAUAGUGCUCCUGGUCCGGAUGGUUUUUCUGGUUGUUUCUAUAGACAUUGUUGGGAGAUUAUCCAACAUGAUUUUUUAAAGAUUAUUACGGAAACUCUUGCUUCUCGAUUGGGUCUUUAUUUUGGCAAGCUUGUUUCUGAGGAGCAAGUGGAUUUCAUGAAGGGAAGAAAUAUCCAUGAUAAUAUUAGUUUGGCUUCGGAAAUGUUUUUCGAAGAUAUGGGUAUUCCGAAGACUGGUGUUCUUGGAUUCUCACUAUCCUUCAAUCAGCUCGUAUUUCGGUUCUUAUUAACGGCAUCCCGGGAGGGUAAUAUGAAGAGUUUGAGGAACCUGGUUCAUUUGCUUGAGAUGUAUCGAAGUGCUUCUGGCCAAACUGAAUGGGUAUCAACUGAUCGCUACUUAGGGGUGCAAAUCAUGCCAGGUGCGGUAAGAUAUAUGCAUAUUAGUAAUGUUAUUGAUAAAUUGAAAGAUCAAAUUUCAGUUUUGAAAGGUAAAAUGCUUUCUUUCCAAGAUAGGGUGGUGCUAAUAAAGUCUGUUAUUUCUAGUUACUCAAUUCACAACAUGGUUGUUUAUAAAUGGUCAUUGAAAUUUAUUCAGCAAUGCGAAAGGGUGAUUAUGAAUUUCCUUUGGUCAAGUGAUUCAAAUCUUUGUAGAGCUCUUGUUGUGGGUUAUGACAAAGUUUGUUGCCCUUACAAGAAAGGAGGUCUGGAUCUUACUAGAAUGGCUACAAUGAACAAGGCUUUACUUAUGCAGCUGUGGUGGACUAUUAAAUCGUCUAACUUGGGCAAGGUUUUUGGAGACUAA